AUGUCUGGUCGGGACGCUGCGGCUUCGCCCGUCGACGAACCUAGAACAUCACUGUCGCAGGAGAAGAAGCCGAGCGCGCAAUCGAUCCCACACUCGCAACGUCAUGACCAUCCCAUCUCCUCGGCCUUCGUCCCGGCCCCGUUCGCUCCGCCACCGUUCCCGCCCCUCGACCUUUUCACGAACAAGAACCUCACCGUAUCUCAGGCUCUGCACGACAACCCUUCGUGGCCGCCCAAGAGAGCAGCGCGCAAGCUGUUCCCGAAGCCCUUUUUUGGAAAGCGCUUCUACCGACGAUUCUUCAUCAAGCACGACUUGGAACAUGUACGUAUGGAACUAUGAUGAUGGGUACUUGUAACGCAGUGAGGAAACUGAAUCCGAGCGUUCUCCGGAACAGGGUCGUGACUGGACCCAGGAGGAGCUCGACGAAGCGGCCAAACGAGGUGACUUUCCGCGGCGACCCAGUGACUUGUUCCUCAAGGUCAGUCUAUGCAACCUGACCGUAAAGUUGCCCUGGGUUCUGGUUUACCCAACGCCUUCGUUACUGCAUACAGAUGUACGCCGACGUGCUGCUCUGCUUGACGCGAGACAGUCUCGCCGGGAAUGUCUCACCCGCGCUCAUUGGCUCCUCGGGGACGAUCCCUCUCUCAAUCGUCUCGACUAUCCCGGACAUUAUGCAACACUAUUACGACUGCAGUCAGUAGCCAUCUUCACUGCUCUUGCGAUUCGCGAGCGGCCGACAAUCCCCCAAGAAACUGCGCAGGGGGAGGCGCCAAGUUUCGCGCCGCAGUCGAAGCGCCGCCCCACUUUGGGCAUUAGUUCGGGGAGAUUCGCUGACGUCGUCCGUCUGGCCCACCCUCGGUCUGAUUCACACAGUCGUUCUAGCCGAAAAGGAGGUCUUUCUCGUGACGAGUGAGUCACUGGUCAUCGGUGAUCUGGUUUCUACUCAUUCUGCGGAUGUAGACUAAUGCAAAAAUGUUCAUGUUUCGGUAGACUACUGGCAGUAAGCAGCUAGCCUCGCCCUCAGUCGCAACAACGCGACCGCCAACGCUGACCUUUUCUCCGCGCCCCACUCGACCCGGCAGACCAUCGGAUUCGGUCAAAGCCAUUGCAAGUGCAUUAAAAGAACUUGACGCAAGAGUGAGCAAGAGAAACGGCGCAAAGAUUGUCGUCAAGAUCAUGUGGGACCGUGGUGCUAUUCAGCAGCUAUGGAAGUGAGUCAAAUCCCGACCUCUUAUGAGGAAGCAAUGCGUUUCUUUUCCACCCAGCUCACGCGUUUCUGUGUCAGCAAUCAUGUUUUCGUUGGCCCAUCGACCUAUGUCCCCCUCGGCGUACCGAGUCCCUCCGAAGUACCCAAUUUGUCGAUCCAGAUCAUCAACUUUCAUCGCCCCCCACUAGGAACGUUCCACCAAAAAGCGCUUGUCGUCGACCGAAAAAUUGCCCUCAUCAACAGCAACAACAUCCAGGAUCGGCCCAACGUCGAGGUAAGAGUCGGCCCGCAACCUCAUUCCUUAUAUGCUCAGAUAUUGACGGAUCGGCCUUGCUUGGGUGCAGAUGAUGGUCCACCUCGAAGGCCCGAUCGUCGAUUCGAUGUACGACUGUCUCUUGCUCUCCUGGCACGCGAAGCUCGAUCCUCCCUUGCCGUGCCUCGAAUCCCCAUCUCCCAACUCCGACCCUUCCCGUCCCUGGCACUACACUUUCGCCGAUGAGAACCCGUACCUCGAACACAUAGACAUCGCCAAAGCGGCCAAAGCGGCGCGCAAGCUCUUGGCCCAGCAGGUCAAACACUCGGACGUGCUGUCAAGCACUGCCCCUCCACAAUGGUGGCAGACUGACCGACCGCAUGAGUUCGAAUCGCGAACGGCCGCACACCAACCUUUGGGCGGGUUCGCACAUUUGGUCAACACGCUGAUCGAGCGCGCACGAGAGGAAGCUGCGAAGGCCAGGGGUGAGGUCUAUGUACCCGCGGCGAAUCGACCCCCCGUGCCAAGCGUGUCGGAGGAGGGAAGCGGGGACGAAGCGGCAAAGGAGUCCAAGCUCGGUGAUUCUAUGGCCGGCACAUCGACUAGUGGCACAAGCAAUGCCACAAACACGAUCGCGACUCCGGACGGUCACACGCUGGUCACCUCGGCUGCGCCGGUCGACAGCGCCAAGCAGGGAGGCGCCGCACGAGUGGCGGAGAUGCAGAGCGUGGAGGCGGUCCCGCCGCGGUCACCCGGUCUAACCCUCCCGGGCUCUCCAGGUCUUGCACCUCCUUCUUCUCCGGGACUCUCUGUUCAAGGCGACGGAACCGAAUCGCCCCAAGGAUCACUUUACAACAAUGGCAAUGACUCGUCGACCCCGGGCACGCCCAUCCCGGGAUCCGUCAAAUCUCGCUUGCGAGCGCUGUCCAAAUCGCUCAACGCCGGAGCGAUCAAAAAGAUCGAGGCCGCCUUUGACGACGAGUCGCUCAUUGACGACUUUAAACCCCACAUGCUGCACAAGGCACAUGCGCCAUUCCCGAUCGCAAUGGUCAAUCGUCGACCGCACGGCGCGCCGGGCCACCAGGACAUUCGCGUCCCCCAAGAUGCGGCUUGGCUGGCGGCACUUCGAUAUGCGGAGAAGAACGUGUUCAUGUGAGUCUGAGAUUCCGAGGGUGUGUGAAGAUGCACGGUAGCUGAUCUACGUGUCCGUCACAGCCAAACGCCCACGCUCAACGCCGCCCCUCUGGUCCGGGCUGUCAUCGAGGCGUGCUCAAAGGGCGGCAAGGACAAGCAAGGCAUUCCAGUCACGGUCUACCUCGGACUCGGGUUCAACGACAAGGGAGAGAGCGUUCCAUUCCAAGGUGGAACAAACGAGGUGCGUGAGCCCUUGGGGUGUGUGAUUGAGCAAGAUGGCCAAAGCUGACACCCUCGCGCCCCUAUCGUAACGAUCUGCAGGAGGUGACGGUGCGAUUGUACAAGGCGCUGCGCAGGGUCAAGAAGGAACACAACCUACACAUCUACUGGUACUGCGGCAAGGACCAGAUCAAACCGUUGAAUGCCAUUCACAAGUCGCGAAACUGCCACGUAAGCCCCGAAUCGGCCCGCCUACUCUGCUUCUCGGCCGACGCUCACGCGAUCGUCUUCUUACUCUUCCAGGUCAAGUUCAUGUCUGUUGAUGGAUCGGUCGGUAUUUGUGGUAACGGUAAUCAAGAUAGCCAGAGCUUUAUGCACUCCCAAGAAGCCAACAUCAUGAUCGAUGACGCCACAAUCGUCGGGGAUUGGAUGGAUCAACUCGAAACGAACCAAGCGACGCGCAAGUAUGGCAAAGUGGACACCGACGGAAUCUGGAGGGAUGCGACCACGGGCGAGCAGCUGGAGGCACCUAAGAGCGUCAGCUGCUUCUCUGCAAUUUGGGCUAUGAUCUAG